CUAAUAUUAAUCGUUUAAUACCAGCACUGGACACCACAGUAACGCUCACGGACAGUCGGUAAAGUUUGUCGUUUAGCGACGGAUAACCGACACCCCUUUAAAAAUGGUACAUUCCACACGUUAACGUCCAAAACAAAAAUGGCCCAUGAGAGCGUUGAACACAGAGAGGUGUGUGUACGCAUCUAAAACGAAACCGAAGUCCGGUGGUGUCUGACAUUGAUCCCUGAGGCUCUGUAGUAACACGAACCGAUAGUCCAGUCGGUGUCAUUCAGGCAUGGAAAAGCAAAUGUCAGCUCUGUUCUCAUACCUCAGAGCCCCUCUGUACACCGGCCCUCUGUCCCGUGUCUGUGCUAACUUCCAGGGAGCCGGUGUCAAGUUCAGACAUAGUUUAACUUCUGGAAGCCCCCAGCUUGGAGGGAAGCCAGCAACAAGUCCUCUCCGCGGCCAUAUUAACGCUGCCCUCCGAGCUGUUAAGUUUUCAACAACAGCGACAGCCGCUAUUUGGAAGUCCAGCCAGCGGGACGGUUCCGCCGCACCCCGGCUCCGGGCAGGCUGGCUGGGCAAGGUCGCCCUCGGUGCCGCCCUCGGAGUGAGCACACUCGCGUUGGUCCAGUAUCUCCACACCGGGAGCUGCACCGCCAUGGCCCAGAAAGUUAACCUAAACUCUGCUGAGGGAGACUGGAAGGAGACCAAGGACUUCUUGCUGUCUCUGUCUGUGAAAGACAGGCGGCAGUACUACAGGACCUCCAGCUCUGUGCCACUGGACGACAUCCCAGUGUGGACCCCAACCGCAGGAUGUUCUGAGAAACCUCUCUACCAGAGGAAUGAAAAAUUAGACCAGAAGAUUUCUCUCUACAGCGGAGACAUCACCAAGCUGGAGAUAGACGCUAUUGUCAAUGCAGCCAACAAGACUCUUCUCGGCGGAGGUGGAGUGGAUGGAGCGAUCCACCGCGCUGCAGGUCCGAUGCUAGUGAAGGAGUGCACUUCCCUCCACGGCUGCGAGACCGGAGAGGCCAAGAUCACUUGUGGCUACGGCCUCCCAGCAAAGUAUGUGAUCCACACAGUGGGGCCGAUUGCACAAGGAGGAGUGGGAGAGGUUGAGAAGAAAGCCUUGAGGUCGUGCUACAAGAACAGCCUGACUGCAGCCACCAAAAACGCUGCACGUUCUGUGGCUUUCCCUUGCAUCUCCACUGGAAUCUACGGAUAUCCACCUGAGCAGGCUGUGCACGAGGCGUUAGCAACUGUGAGGGAGUAUCUGGAUGAACAUCAUGACAAGCUGGACAGAGUCAUCUUCUGUGUGUUCUUGCCGACGGAUAAGGAGCUGUAUCUGCAGAAUCUCCCGCUCUACUUCCCUGCUGCCUGACCAAUGACAGCAGCUUAUGGUUCAGGUAACCAGCAUGAGACCGCUGUCAAGAGUAAACUCUGAGAGAGUGGAUUUGGUUGCUGUGGAUACGUACCACUACGCUCAACAUCCAGAUUCCUGCUCCUCCUCCUCACUGCCAUCACAGAUCAAGACCCUUCUUCAGCAGGAAGAUAACUCCUAAAUGGAUGAUUGCUUUUUUGAAGUGCACACUCGCUCUUGUGCAGAUGUUGAUUAGUUUCUCUGUUUUUGCCACUAAUGGUUGAGGUUAAGAGAGGUGCUGUGAUGAAGCUGUGAAAUUAUAUUAAUAAUUCUUGUGAAAAAUAGACUGUGUGUACCUUACCUUGUACCUGUGCUGCACUCUAACUUGACCUUUAUUGUCUGUGAUCAGUGGUAGCUUUGCAUCAAGCUUACAGCACCCUAUGAGUUAUGUGUCCUGUGCUCUUUGAAUACUGGGAUUCCAGUAUGUGUGCAUGUGAGACAAUGACAAAAGCUUAUUAAAACAAAUCACACAGGC